GAUGCUACGUCUUUUAUCUCGACCACUUCUUCGCCUUCUUCCUCACAUCUCUCUCUUGGAUUGAGCUAUAGGAUCAGAAAAAUGGCAACAGCAAACACUCCUGACUUUAACAAAGUUCUUUACGCACCUCUUGCGGAGAUAGAUCCUGAGGUUCAGAAUAUCAUCGAUAAGGAAACAUGGAGGCAAUUUUCUGGUCUUGAGCUCAUCGCGUCAGAGAACUUGACUAGUCGAGCAACGAUGGAAGCCAAUGGCUCCAUCUUGACUAACAAGUACUCUGAGGGACUCCCUGCAGCUCGUUAUUACGGUGGUAACGAAUACAUCGACGAACUCGAGGUUCUGUGCCGGAAACGUGCACUUGAAGCCUUCAACCUCGAUCCCGCAACAUGGGGUGUCAACGUCCAACCUUACUCUGGUAGUACUGCAAAUUUCGCGGCCUUGACUGCUCUUUGCCAGCCCCAGGACCGUCUCAUGGGUCUUGGUCUCCCAGACGGUGGUCAUUUAACCCACGGUUAUUACACUGCAAAGAAGAAGAUGACCGCUUCCUCAAUCUACUUCCAGUCCCUACCAUAUGCCAUUCACCCGGACACCCAUCUGAUUGACUACACCGCAUUGGCUCAGCAAGCUAAGAUCUUCAAGCCCCGUCUCGUCAUCUGUGGUGCCUCUGCGUACCCACGUGAUUGGGACUAUGGAGCACUCAAAAAGAUCACCGAAAAGGAGGGUGCAUGGCUCAUGGCUGAUAUCGCUCACACCAGCGGUCUCGUUGCUGCUCAAGAGCUGAAUGACCCAUUCCAGUACUGUGAUGUUGUCACCACUACUACUCACAAGACACUUCGUGGUCCUCGUGCGGGUCUCAUCUUUUUCAGGAGAGACACUGCCAGUGGCAAUGAACUUGAGAAGCGCGUCAAUGACGCUGUCUUCCCAGCUUGCCAGGGUGGUCCUCACAACAACACGAUUGCUGCUGUCGCCACUGCCUUGCUUCAAGUUGCACAACCUUCCUUCCGCGUUUACGCGAAGCAGGUUAUCGCAAACGCACGGACGCUUGCAUCUGAUUUGAUGGAGCAUGGCUACAAACUCCAGACUGGUGGUACCGACAAUCACCUCGUUCUCUGGGACCUCCGUCCUUUGGGUUUGACCGGCAGCAAGGUAGAAAAAGUCUGUGACCUUUUGGGUAUCACUAUCAACAAAAAUGCCGUCUCUGGUGACGCCUCCGCCCAAACCCCCGGUGGUAUCCGUCUCGGCACAUCCGCUCUCACCUCUCGCAACAUGCUCGAAUCCGACAUCAAAAUCGUCGCCGAUUUCCUCCACCGUGCUGUCCAGCUCGCGCUUCUUCUGCAGAAGGAGGCAGGGUCGAAGAUGUUGAAGGACUUUGUGCGUGUCGCGACUACGGAGGUGGAGGGUAAGGAGGGCGCGAAGAAGGUGAAGGAGCUGAAGAGGGACGUGAUGGAGUUUGCGCGUAGGUGGCCAUUGCCUGGUGUUGACGUUUCUUCACUCCAGCGGCCUGCGGGUAUUGAGGAGGAGGAUCUAUAGGGUUGUAGACGUUGCAUUUGCGGAGGAGGCUCGAUUUUCUCGUAGUCCUUUGGAAAGGAAGAUUCAACGCUCACUUUAUUGGCAUGGGGGUGACGAUGUAGAGGUACAUUCAACAUGGUCCUUAAACCUUACGAUAUCUGUAUUUAUAGAGUGCAAUUUGUGGAGAUAAACCUGAUGAGAGUGUUAGUCCCUGUACCCAAGAAAGACGGGGGAAAGCACAAGGUAACAGAUUACCGUUAUAUAAACGAACACAUCAAGAAAGCUUA